CUCUCUUCUCCAACCCAAAGGGUUAACCCAAACACACACAAACACACACACCCGUUUUCUCUCUACUCUUCUGGGCUUCUAGGGCUCAUAUUUCAACACAUAAACCCUCAAUACUCACCGAUUCUCAAUUCACUUUCAUGUUUCUGAAUCAUCUCUUCAUCUCCACGAGCCUCUUUGCAUCUUCUUAUAAAGGAGUGUAGAGAAGUAGAAGAACCAAGAGGUUGUGAAAUCGAAUGGCUGGUGCCCUAAGAUCGAGCUUGCCGUCGAGGUUACGGCAGCUUUUGUCCGGUGAAGGUCACAUCGGUCCGAAUGUUAAGCUUGAUUCCGAGACUCCCCCAAAAGUGAAGGCAUUCAUUGACAAGGUGAUUCAGUGUCCGUUGCAAGAUAUAGCAAUCCCUCUUUCAGGUUUUCACUGGGAGUACAACAAGGGAAAUUUUCAUCAUUGGAGGCCAUUAUUUCUGCAUUUUGAUACAUACUUCAAGGCUUACUUAUCUAGCAGGAAGGAUCUUCUGUUAGCGGAUACUCUAGAAGAUGAUACUCUUUUUCCUAAACAAUCAGUUCUCCAGAUCCUGCGUGUGAUGCAAAUUAUUUUAGAGAAUUGCCACAACAAAAGUUCUUUUGAUGGCUUAGAGCAUUUCAAGCUCUUGCUUGCAUCAACGGAUCCCGAGAUUCUCAUUGCAACCUUGGAGACGCUUUCAGCAUUAGUAAAAAUAAAUCCUUCAAAACUUCAUGCAAGCGGGAAACUUGUAGGAUGUGGUGCAAUCAACAGCUGCCUUUUGGCACUAGCACAAGGAUGGGGAAGCAAAGAGGAGGGCUUGGGUUUAUAUUCAUGUGUCAUGUUAAACGAAAAAUCCCAAGAUGAAACCCUAAGCUUAUUUCCAUCUGAUAUACAAACAGAAAGCGACAACUCUCAAAACCGUGUAGGUUCUACCCUCUAUUUUGAGUUGCACGGUACAAGUCCUUCAAGCACAACUACCAACACAAGUGUUAUUCACAUUCCUGAUCUUCAUUUGCGUAAGGAGGAUGAUUUAUCUUUAAUGAAACUGUUGGUUGAGCAGUAUAAUGUACCUCCUGAACAUCGGUUUUCAUUGCUGACAAGAAUUAGAUAUGCACACGCCUUUCGUUCUUCAAGAAUUUGCAGGCUGUACAGCAAGAUUUGCCUACUUGCUUUUAUUGUUCUUGUUCAAUCAAGUGAUUCUCACGAUGAACUUGUGGCUUUCUUUGCGAAUGAGCCUGAAUAUACAAAUGAGCUAAUCAGAUUAGUGAAGUCUGAAGAAAUGAUACCUGGAACAAUUCGCACGCUUGCAAUGAUUGCUCUGGGAUCUCAACUAGCUGCUUAUUCAUCAUCUCAUGAACGGGCACGGAUUCUAAGUGGGUCAAGCAUCAGUUUUGCUGGUGGAAAUCGCAUGAUUCUUCUUAACGUGCUGCAAAGGGCGAUUUCGUCUUUAAAGAACUCCAGUGAUCCAUCAUCUAUUGCAUUUGUUGAAGCACUUCUUCAGUUCUAUUUGCUUCAUGUCAUAUCUACAUCAAGCUCCGGCAGUGUUAUACGUGGAUCGGGGAUGGUUCCGACUUUUUUACCCCUUCUAGAAGAUUCUGAUCCUACACACAUGCAUCUUGUUUGUUUAGCUGUUAAGACUCUGCAAAAGCUGAUGGAUUACAGCAAUUCAGCUGUUACUCUGUUUAAAGAUUUGGGUGGGGUAGAACUUUUAACUAACAGAUUGCAGAUAGAAGUAGUCAGGGUGAUCGGUUCUGAAACAGUUGAUAAUUCAAUGAGCAUUGGGGAGUGCUCAUACCCAAAUCCAAACCCUAAUAUUGAUUGGCUUUAUUCACAGAAACGGCUCAUUAGGGUUCUGUUGAAAGCACUCGGUUCUGCUACUUAUGCUCCAGCAAAUUCAACACGGGCUCAAGGAGCUCAUGAUGUUUCCUUACCCGCCACUUUGUCAAUGAUUUUUGGAAAUGUGAGUAAAUUUGGUGGAGAUAUUUAUUCAGCAGCUGUUACUGUUAUGAGUGAAAUGAUUCAUAAAGACCCCACUUGCUAUGCUUCAUUGGAUGAAUUAGGUCUUCCAGAUGCUUUUUUACAGUCGAUAAAAGCUGGAAUUCUUUCUUCUUCAAAAGCUCUUACUUGUGUUCCUAACGGUAUCGGGGCUAUUUGUCUCAACACAAAGGGAUUAGAAUCAGUUAAAGACAGCUCAGCUUUAAGGUUUUUGGUUGAUAUUUUCACUGAUAAGAAAUACGUGCUUGCAAUGAAUGAUGGAAUUGUGCCUCUAGCAAAUGCUGUUGAGGAGCUUUUACGUCAUGUAAAUGCAUUAAGAGGUACUGGUGUGGAUAUGAUUAUUGAGAUUGUUAACAAAAUUGCUUCGAUAGAGGACGGAAAGGGUAAAUUGGUGAAAGUUAACGAGAGUAGUGUUAUGGAUAUGGAUACCGAAGAUAAAGAAAACGUGGGCCCAUGUCUAGUCGGUGCUACUGCUACAGAUUCAGCGUCCGAAGGAAUUGGUGAUGAACAGUUUAUUCAGUUGUGCAUUUUCCAUGUGAUGGUUUUAGUACACCGGACAAUGGAAAAUGCAGAAACGUGCCGGUUGUUUGUUGAAAAAGCGGGAAUUGACUCUUUAUUGAAGCUGUUGUUGAGACCGAGUAUAACUCAAUCAUCAGAAGGGAUGUCAAUUGCUUUGCAUAGCACAAUGGUUUUCAAGAGUUUUACUCAGCAUCAUUCGGCUCCUUUAGCACGUGCUUUUUGUUCAGCUCUUCGGGGUUAUCUAAAGUCAACUUUAACUGGGUUCAGUACUCUUUCAGGAUCGUUUCUGUUGGACCCGAAAGCUACUCCAGAUUCUGGAGUUUUUUCUUCACUUUUUCUUGUUGAAUUCCUUUUGUUUCUUGCUGCCUCUAAAGACAACAGAUGGGUCACUGCAUUGCUUCAAGAAUUUGGGAAUGAUAGCAAGGAUGUUUUGGAAGAUAUUGGACGGACUCACCGUGAGAUCUUAUGGCAGAUUGCUUUACUUGAAGAUGUUAAGUUUGAAACUGAAGAUGAGAAUGAUGGGUCUGGUUCUGGUUCUGCUCGUGGGCCCCGCCGUUCCGAAUCUAAUACCUCGGAAUCUGAAGAGCAGAGAUUUAAUUCCUUUAGGCAGUUUCUUGACCCGCUGCUUAGAAGAAGGAUGUCGGGGUGGAGUUUUGAAUCUCAGUUUUUUGAUCUGAUUACUCUGUAUCGUGAUCUCACUAAUGCUUCUGGUCUUCCACAGCAUCUCGGAGGUAGUGGCGGCUACCAAUCACCGCCAUCCGGUACUGCAGAUGUUGCUAGCGGCGGUGGUGAGCCACAGGAAGCUGACAAGCAAAGGUCUUAUUACUCUUCUUGUCGUGAUAUGAUGAAGUCACUCUCUUUGCACAUUACACACUUGUUUCAAGAGCUAGGCAAAGCAAUGUUGCUUCCUUCUAGAAGACGGGAUGAAAUGGUGACGGUUACACCUGCUUCAAAAUCAGUGGCGUCUACAUUUGCUUCGAUAACAUUGGAUCAUAUGAACUUCGAAGGACAUGUAAAGCCUUCUGGAUCAGUAGCAUCAUGGUCGCCUAAAUGUCGUUAUCUGGGUAAAGUUAUUGAUUUUAUUGAUGGAAUUCUACUUGAAAAGCCCGACACCUGCAACCCGGUCUUGUUAAAUUGUUUGUAUGGUCGUGGUGUAAUUCAGUUGGUUUUGACCACUUUUGAAGCUACCAGUGAGCUGCUAUUUACAGUCAACAGGACCCCCGCAUCUCCAAUGGAGACUGAUGAAGGAUCUUCAAAGCCUGAUUCAGAAGAAACGGUUCGGUCAUGGAUAGAUGGCCCGUUAGCCAGUUAUGGUAAGCUCAUGGAUCAUUUGGUGACAUCAUCUUUUAUUCUAUCACCAUUCACCAAACAUUUUCUUACACAACCACUUGUAACCGGUGACAUGGCAUUUCCACGUGAUGCCGAGGUUUUCGUGAAGGUUCUUCAGUCUAUGAUUUUGAAAACCGUGCUCCCAGUAUGGACACACCCACAGUUCACCAAUUGUAAUGACGAUUUCAUUGCUACUGUAAUCUCGAUUAUUCGUCACAUAUUUUCUGGGGUUGAAGUGAGAAGUGUAAGCAAUGCGGGGUCACGUCCUGCUGGCCCUCCACCAAACGAAACAACUAUAUCCACAAUUGUAGAAAUGGGGUUUUCAAGAGCUCGUGCAGAAGAGGCUUUACGACAAGUGGGGUCUAACAGUGUUGAGCUGGCAAUGGAGUGGCUGUUCUCACAUCCAGAGGAAGUUCAAGAAGAUGAUGAACUCGCUCGAGCACUCGCUAUGUCCCUUGGGAAUUCCGGAACUGAGUCGAAGGAUGAUACUGGUACAAAUGAAAAUAGUCAGAUUGAAGAGGAAACCGUGCAACUACCACCUGUUGAUGACUUGUUGUCUACAUGUAAAAAGCUUCUAGAAACGAAAGAUUCUUUAGCCUUCCCGGUUCGUGAUCUUCUUGCAAUGAUAUGUUCUCAAGAUGAAGGUCAAUACAGGUCAAAUGUUAUAUCAUUUAUUCUAGAACAAGUGAAGCUUUGCAGCUCUAAUGCUGAUGGUGGAAAGAACAACAUGCUAUCAUCUUUAUUUCAUGUUCUUGCUUUGAUACUUAAUGAAGAUAAAGAUGCUCGAGAAGUUGCUUCUAAAAGUGGUCUGGUUAAAGUUGCAGCUGAUCUUUUGUCAGACUGGAAUUCUCGUUCACAUGAUAACGAAGCACUGUCUGUUCCAAAAUGGGUGACCGCAGCUUUUCUUGCUGUUGACCGUCUUUCUCAAGUUGACCAAAACUUGAAUGCUGAUAUUUCCGAGUUGUUAAAGAAAGAUGAUGUCAGUAACCAGAAUUCUGUAGUGAUAGAUGAUGAAAAGCAAAACAAGUCACAAACUAAUUCCAGAUUAUCAUCAAAACAUAUUGAUGUAGAGGAACAAAAGAGAUUUGUUGAGAUAUCUUGUGGAUAUUUAACUAAACAACUUCCUGCUGAAACGAUCCAUGCUGUGUUACAGUUAUGUGCUACCCUUACAAGAACACAUUCUGUUGCUGUUAGUUUUCUAGAAGCUGGUGGUUUACCUUUACUGCUAUCUUUGCCUACAAGUAGUCUAUUUGUUGGCUUUGAUAAUGUUGCAGCUACUAUCAUUCGUCAUAUUCUAGAAGAUCCCCAAACGCUCCAACAAGCAAUGGAAAGUGAAAUCAAACAUAAUGUUGUGACGGCUGCCAAUCGACAGUCUAACGGAAGGUUUACGCCCCGUAACUUUCUGUUGAAUCUGACCUCUGUAAUUUCACGGGAUCCUGUGAUCUUUAUGCGGGCAGCACGGGCUGUGUGUCAAAUUGAAAUGAUCGGUGAACGACCGUAUGUUGUUUUGUUAAAAGAUCGUGAAAAGGAUAAAUCAAAAGAAAGUGGCAAGGAAAAUAUCAAACCGCAGACUACAACUGACGGUAGCAUCAAAGUUUCCGAGGUAAGUAACAAGAAUGUAAAAGCUCAUCGUAAGCCACCUCAGAGUUUUACAACCGUCAUCGAGCUUCUUCUGGAGUCAGUAAUUACGUUUAUACCCCCAUCAGAAGUAGCGGCAGAGAGCUCUUCAGCAACAGAUAUGGAAAUUGAUGUUGCUUCAAGUAAGGGUAAAGGAAAAGCUAUUGCUUCAGGAUCUGAAGAGAGUGAAGAUAGUGGUCAAGAAUCUUCUGCAUUGUUGGCUAAAGUUGUGUUUAUUUUGAAGCUCUUAAAGGAGAUUCUCAUGAUGUAUAGUCCAUCUGUUCAUGUUCUGUUAAGAAAAGAUGCUGAACUGAACAGCAGUAAUAACGGUGGAAUAUUUCAUCACAUUCUUUGUAGAUUUCUUCCUCAUUUGAGAAAUUCUAAACGCGAAAAGAAAGAUGCUGACUGGAGACACAAAUUAUCCAGUAGGGCCAGCCAGUUCUUGGUGGCUUCUUGUGUACGAUCUACAGAAGCAAGGAGGAGAAUAUUUGUAGAAAUCAAUAAUGCCUUCACCGAUUUUAUUGAUGGUAGUAAAGUUCACCGGCCUCCUGGAAAUGACAUUCAAGCUUUUGUUGAUUUACUUGGUGAUGUGCUGGCAGCGCGCUCACCUACAGGCUCUUCAGUUUCUGGUGAAGUUUCGGUUACGUUUAUAGAUGUUGGGCUGGUGAGGUCGCUUACACGGACGUUACAAAUGCUGGAUUUGGAUCACGCUGAGUCACUAAAGGUUGUACCAGGGAUUGUAAAGGUUUUGGAGCUGAUUACUAAAGAACAUGUUCAUGCUGCUGAAGCUAAUACCGCUAAAGAUAACCCAACAAAGGUUAAUGAUUAUAGUCAACAAGGUCAAACUGAGAAUACUGGCGAUGUAGAUGUAUCUCGGUCAACUGAAACUGCAUCUCUUCCUAAUGCGAGUUCCGCACCUGCAGAAGUUAUCGAGUCUUUUAGUGCUGUUCAAACGUACGGUGGAUCUGAGGCAGUUACUGAUGACAUGGAACAUGAUCAGGAUAUUGAUGGAGGUUUUGCUCCCCCGAGUGAGGACGAUUACAUGCACGAUACUUCUGAGGAAACACGAGGUCUUGAAAACGGUCUUGGUUCUGUUGGAAUAAGAUUUGAAAUCCAACCGGAUAUUCGUGAAAACCUUGAUGAAGAUGAUGAGGAUAUGUCUGGAGAUGGAGAUGAAGUUAACGAAGAUGAGGAUGGAGAUGACGAUGAUGACGACGAUGGACAGAAUGAUUUGGAAGAAGAUGAAGUUCAUCAUCACUUGCCCCAUCCCGACACUGAUCAAGAUGACCAUGAGAUUGAAGAUGAGUUUGAUGAGGAUAUGAUUGAGGAAGAAGAUGAAGAAGAUGAGGAUGAUGACGGUGGAGUUUUGUUAAGAUUGGGUGAGGGAAUGAAUGGGAUAAAUGUUUUGGAUCAUAUUGAGGUAUUUGGUAGAGAACAUAGCUUUAACAAUGAUACUUUACAUGUGAUGCCUGUUGAAGUUUUUGGUUCUAGACGUCAAGGUCGUACCACGUCUAUUUAUAAUCUUUUGGGGAGAUCUGGUGAUGGCUCUGUUCCAUUUCAGCAUCCGCUUUUAAUGGAACCUUCUUCCUCACGUGCGGUGUCUUCCCGACAAACCGAUAAUGCUCGUGAUGGGCCACUUGAAAGAAAUUUGGAGUCAUCCUCGUCCCGCUUGGAUUCAAUUUUUCGGUCUCUGAGGAAUGGUCGUCAUGGACAGCAUGGAAAUCGUCUAAGUAUGUGGACUGAUGACCAACAAACAGUUGGAUCUAAUGCAUCUAGCAUCCCCUCAGGCCUUGAAGAUUUGUUGGUUUCUCAUCUAAGGCGCCCGUCUCCAGAAAAGGCUUCAGAUCAAGACAAAACGGUGGAGGGUCAAACCAAAAACGAGUCUGACCAAUCCCAAGAAUCGGCUGGCAUGGUACCAGAAACCGCUACUGGCAACAAUGGUAAUGGUGAUCAAGUGGGCUCUCAUGAUACUGUAAGGACACCAACAGUAGAUGAAUCCCAGCCAGUUGGUCAAAAUCAAUCUGUUGAUAUGCAGUUUGACCAAAACGAUGGUGCUUCCCGGGAUGUUGAAGCUGUGAGCCAAGAAAGUAGUGAAAGUGGGGCCACGUUAGGAGAAAGUCUUAGAAGUCUUGAUGUUGAAAUUGGAAGUGCUGAUGGUCAUGAUGAAGGUCCAAGGAGAAUAAAUGUAAGUGUACCGCUCAACACAACAUCAAUAACUGUUAGAGAUGCAUCCCUUCAUAGUGUAACAGAAGUUUCUGAAAACCCUAGUCAAGAAACCGACCAAAGUGAUCCUGCACAAGAUGCACAACGUGAUGGUGGUUCUGGUUCGGGAUCAGGUUCGGGUUCUGGUUCUGGUUCUGGUUCUGCGCCAAUUGACCCUGCGUUUCUGGAUGCACUUCCUGAGGAGUUACGGGCUGAGGUUCUUUCGGGUCGACAGGGUCCAGUGGCUCAGCCUUCAAAUACUGAACCGCAAAAUGAUGGUGACAUAGACCCUGAAUUCCUUGCAGCACUUCCCCCAGAUAUUCGUGCAGAAGUUUUAGCACAGCAACAAGCACAACAAGGGGCCCACCGCUCACAAGAACUUGAAGGUCAACCUGUGGAGAUGGAUACCGUAUCUAUAAUUGCUACAUUCCCAUCAGAGCUAAGAGAAGAGGUUCUUUUAACAUCAUCUGAUGCGGUUCUUGCUAAUCUUACACCUGCACUUGUUGCUGAGGCAAACAUGUUGAGAGAGAGAUUUGCUCGUCGUUACAAUCGGACACUUUUUGGUAUGUUGCCGAGAAGCAGACGGGGAGAAUCUUCUAGAAGAGGUGAUGGAGUUGGAUCCGGCAGUGGUGGAGUCAUUAGUCGUAGGUCAACUGGAAGUAAGCCUGUUGAAACUGAUGGAGCUCCGUUAGUUGACACACAAGAUCUUAAAGCCAUGAUUCGCUUGCUUCGUGUUGUUCAGCCACUAUACAAACCGCAACUCCAGAGACUGCUAUUAAAUUUAUGUGCUCAUGCGGAAACCCGUUCAUCUGUAGUGAAAAUUUUGAUGGAUUUAUUGAUGCUUGAUAUAAGAAAGCCUGGAAAUAGUUUGAAUACUUCUGAGCCAUCAUAUAGACUUUAUGCCUGCCAGAGUCAUGUUAUGUAUUCUCGUCCUCAAUGCUUUGAUGGUGUACCUCCGUUGGUGUCACGGCGUGUUCUAGAAACGUUAACAUAUUUGGCUAGGAAUCAUACGUUCGUUGCGAAACUAUUGCUUCAGUUCAGGUUGCCUCCAUUGGAGUCCGAGAAUCUUGAUAAGUCAAGGGGAAAAGCUAUCAUGGUUGUCGAAGAAAAUCAAAAAGAAAACCAACAAGCGGAUGAUUUCUUAGCGAUAACAAUGCUGUUAAGUCUUCUGAAUCAACCACUUUAUUUGAGGAGUAUUGCACAUCUUGAGCAGUUGCUGAACUUGCUAGAUGUCAUCAUUGAUAACGCUGAAAGCAAGCAAGCUCCGGUUGACCGUGGUGUAUCUGCUACUGAAGAAUCAUCUGGUUCCAAAUCACCCAAAGCCGAAAGCACCUCUAAGCCCGCAUCUUCUGGUGGUAUUACAGAAUUCGACUCUCACACUAUUCUGCUAAACUUGCCACAAGCAGAACUACGUCUUCUCUGCUCACUGCUCGCACGUGAAUGUUUGUCGGAUAAUGCAUAUGCACUUGUGGCGGAAGUAUUGAAGAAGUUGGUGACAUGGGCGCCACGUCACUGUCAUUUGUUCAUCACAGAGCUAGCUGGCGCUAUGAAGAACCUUACACUAUCAGCUAUGGAUGAACUACACCGUUUUGGCGAAAUUGAAAAAGCACUUAUAACGACUACCGCUUCUGAUGGAGCAGCAAUCUUAAGGGUUAUACAGGCACUAAGUUCACUUGUCGCGUCACUUAAUCAGGAAAAAGAUCAAACACUCACCGAAUCAGAUCAAGCUGCUACUCUUUCUCUCGUGAGUGAAAUAAAUUCUGCUUUAGAACCAUUGUGGACGGAAUUAAGCACAUGUAUAAGCAAAAUCGAGAGCUACUCUGACUCAUCUGACGUAUCUGAUUCAUCGAAUGCCUCAUCAUCAAGACCAUCUGGUGCAAUGCCGCCACUCCCAGCUGGCACUCAAAACAUUUUGCCAUAUAUAGAAUCUUUCUUCGUUAUGUGUGAGAAAUUGCACCCCGGGAAUCCAGGUGGAACGCAAGAUUUCGGUGCCAAUAUUGACGAGCCAACCACUUCUUCGCCGGUCGGAAAACUCGAUGAAAAAAACGUUGUAUUUUUGAAGUUCUCGGAGAAACAUAGAAAACUUCUUAACGCUUUUAUCCGCCAAAACCCCGGAUUACUUGAAAAAUCGUUCUCGCUUAUGCUAAAGGUCCCCCGUUUUAUCGAUUUUGACAACAAACGGGCUCAUUUUAGAUCUAAAAUCAAACAUCAACAUGAUCAUCAUCAUCAUAGUCCGUUAAGGAUCUCUGUAAGACGAGCUUACAUACUUGAAGAUUCGUAUAAUCAAUUGAGGAUGAGGUCAACUCAAGAUUUGAAGGGUCGGUUGACUGUUCAUUUCCAAGGGGAAGAAGGUAUUGAUGCUGGUGGACUUACGAGAGAAUGGUAUCAGCUUUUAUCAAGGGUUAUUUUCGAUAAGGGAGCUUUGCUUUUCACAACGGUUGGCAAUGAUGCGACGUUUCAGCCGAACCCUAAUUCUGUUUAUCAGACUGAACACCUUUCAUACUUCAAAUUUGUUGGAAGAGUUGUUGGAAAAGCUCUGUUUGAUGGUCAGUUGCUUGAUGUUCAUUUCACAAGAUCGUUUUACAAGCACAUUCUUGGUGCGAAAGUGACGUAUCAUGAUAUUGAAGCUAUUGAUCCAGCUUACUUCAAGAACUUGAAGUGGAUGCUUGAGAAUGAUAUCAGCGAUGUUCUAGAUUUAACGUUUAGUAUCGAUGCUGAUGAAGAGAAGAUGAUAUUAUGUGAAAGAUCAGAGGUUACUGACUACGAACUAAUCCCUGGUGGAAGAAACAUUCGAGUGACUGAAGAAAACAAACAUAAAUACGUUGAUUUAAUCGCUGAGCACCGGUUGACCACUGCCAUACGUCCACAAAUAAACGCUUUCUUGGAAGGGUUUAAUGAGUUGAUUUCUCGGGAUUUGAUAAGCAUCUUUCAUGAUAAGGAAUUAGAACUGUUGAUAAGUGGACUCCCGGAUAUCGACUUGGAUGACUUGAAGGCGAAUACAGAGUAUUCUGGGUAUAGUGCCGCAUCUCCUAUCAUCCAGUGGUUUUGGGAGGUUGCUCAAGGCUUCAGCAAAGAAGAUAAGGCUCGGUUGUUGCAAUUCGUGACUGGUACCUCAAAGGUGCCGUUAGAAGGAUUUAGCGCUUUGCAAGGCAUUUCCGGAUCUCAAAAGUUUCAGAUUCACAAAGCAUACGGAAGGCCCGAUCACUUGCCCUCAGCUCACACAUGUUUCAAUCAGCUUGAUUUACCAGAGUACCCUUCAAAGGAGCAUUUGGAGGAGAGACUGCUGCUUGCAAUUCAUGAAGCCAAUGAAGGUUUUGGUUUUGGUUAAGAGAGGCAUGAAGAAAAGUAAUGUAGAUAUAAUUUUAUCAUGUCAAAUUUCAACAAGAUUCGAGCAGAUAUACAUGUGUUGAUAUACUGUACAGUUUCGGUUUGUUGAAACUGAACUUGUUCUCUUUGAAUUCGGCGGUUUUCUUUGUUGCCCCAUCUCUUAGAAGCUGGAUUUGCGAACGUGCCUUGCAACUGUACAUUGGAACGGUUUAUUAACUGUCGAUUUGUUAUUGGAUAUUAGCAGAUAUAUUUUGAUUGUUUGUUUCUCAUGAUUCA